AUGGAGGCCAGAAACGGGUUGGUUAAAACCGGUCAAAGGGAUAAUGUUUUGACCAAGAAAUAUUCUAAUUUAUUCAGAUAUACAUGUAAGCCCAUUUGUUAUCGAGAAAAACGGUUUCUACUAGUACUAGAUGAUGUGUGGCAUGAAAACUAUGACGAUUGGGAAACCCUAGUGCUCCCAUUUCAUUCAGGGGCUCGUGGAAGUAAGGUAAUCAUGACAUCUCGCAAGGAGCAAUUGCUUAAGAUGCUAGGUUUUGAUAAUCUAGACCAUCUUGAGACUUUGCCAUCUGAAGAUGCUCUGUCUUUAUUUGCUUUACAUGCAUUGGGUGUAGACAACUUUGAUUCACACCUAACACUCAGACCAACGGGCAAGCAUAUUGUGGAAAAGUGUGGUCAUUUGCCUUUAGCUUUAAAGGCAAUUGGUAGGCUAUUGAGAACUCAGACAGACGAAGAAAAAUGGGAUGAGGUGUUGAAUAGUAAGAUAUGGGAUUCAAAAAGUGUUGGUGAUCUUUCUGCAGAUUGGAAGGUGAUUUUUCCUGCCCUUAUGUUAAGCUACCAUGAACUUUCUGCAAAUUUGAAGCGGUUGUUUGCAUAUUGCUCCUUGUUUCCUAAGGACUUUUUGUUUGACAAAAAAGAGUUAGUCCUGUUGUGGCUAGCCGAAGGAUUUUUGUACAAAUCAAAUGCAGCCAACUCACCACUCACCAGAACGCCUUGGUUAUGA